AGUUUCUUGGCGUCUUCGAGUCAUCAUCCAGUGGCCAACCACAUGAGAAGCGAGUGGGAGCAGGAGAUUCAAGAUUCCAUAUCUAAAAUUUCGAUUCUGAUCUGAAUCGAAGCUGGCAGAUCCUUGAAACCCCCCUAUUCCUUGCGAUCCAUUUAAUUAAGAUCUCAACAAGUCUGUUCCUUAAUUUGUCGCUUUUGGAAUUGGAUGGCCUCCUGUGGGAAUCCCAAUCCGCAACCACAAAGCGGCGGAGGUGAAAGUGGCAGCGGUGGGUUCGAUUUGAACAAGCUGUUCAAACCCAGUUCCAGCCCUAUGCUGCAGCAUCUUCAAAACACGAACGUAGUAGCAACUCCUCCAAGUCCAAGUACUAACACUACCAACCUUACUACAUCCCCUUCUUUUCCGGCCCAAUCCUCCACGCCGCCUCCACCGCCUUACUUGACGCCGUCCUCCUCUUACCCUCCUCCUACUGGGCCCUACCCUUUCCACCACCACUACCUCCCCUACCCUCCUCCUCCUCCUCAGCACCAACAUCCCUUGCAUCAUAAUCCGAAUCCGCAACUGCUUAAUACCAAUAGACCCAUUCCUUUUCAACCCCAACCCUCAGCACCCACCACUCCUACUUCAGGAAACGACAUUUUAAUGGCCUUUUUCGGCACUCAAUCUCAGUUACAAGCUCCUGCGCCUCCCCCAUCUGCUCCGCCUCUUAGUAUGAAUGUCAACCCAUCUUCCCCUUCGUCUCCUUCACCUGCCCGACUGUUGAGUAGCAAACUCCCCAAGGGCAGGCAUCUCCAUGGAACCAAUCUUCUUUAUGAUAUUAAUGCCAGGCUGCCCAGUGAAGUACAGCCCCAACUUGAGGUCACACCCAUUACCAAGUAUGCUUCUGAUCCUGGCCUUGUUCUCGGUCGUCAGAUUGCUGUCAAUAGGAAUUACAUUUGUUACGGUCUCAAGCUUGGGAAUAUCCGUAUCCUCAACAUCAACACAGCCCUCAGAUCCUUGCUUCGUGGGCACACUCAGAGAGUAACUGACAUGGCUUUUUUUGACGAGGAUGUCCACCUUUUGGCCAGUGCAAGUCUUGAUGGCCGGAUUUUUAUAUGGAAGAUCAAUGAAGGCCCUGAUGUUGAAGAUAAGCCGCAGAUUUUUGGUAAAGUUGUUAUUGCCAUUCAGAUUGUGGGGCAAGAAGAAUCAAAGCAUCCUCGAGUUUGUUGGCAUCCUCACAAACAAGAGAUCUUGAUGGUUGCUAUUGGAAAUCGUAUUCUGAAAAUUGAUACAAUGAAAGUUGGGAAGCUUGAAGGGUUUUCAGCAGAGGAACCUCUUAAGUGCUCUGUUGAUAAGCUUAUCGAUGGAGUUCAGUUUGUUGGUAAACAUGAUGGUGAGAUUACAGAGUUGUCAAUGUGCCAAUGGUUGACUACCCGUCUAGCUUCAGCUUCUGUAGAUGGCACGGUGAAAAUUUGGGAUGACCGUAAGCCCUUACCACUUGUAGUGUUGAGACCACAUGAUGGACAUCCUGUUAGCUCAGCAACAUUCUUGACUGCUCCACAUCGGCCCGAUCAUAUUGUUCUUAUCACAGGAGGCCCACUAAACCGUGAAGUGAAGAUGUGGGCCUCUUCAAGUGAAGAAGGCUGGUUGUUGCCGAGUGAUGGUGAAUCAUGGAAGUGUACCCAGACACUGGAAUUGAGGUGUUCUGCUGAGUCUGAGGUUGACAAUGCAUUCUUUAAUCAAGUUGUGGCGCUGCCCCAUGCAGGCCUGUUUCUGCUUGCGAAUGCGAAGAAGAAUGCCAUAUAUGCUGUACACAUAGACUAUGGGCCUUAUCCCGCUGCUACUUGCAUGAAUUACAUAGCCGAAUUCACUGUCACAAUGCCUAUAUUGAGUCUCACUGUAACAAGUGAUAAUUUGCCGGGUGGAGAAUCUGUCCAAGUUUACUGUGUUCAAACACAGGCUAUUCAGCAAUAUGCUUUGGAAUUGUCUCAGUGCUUGCCACCACCCCUUGAAAAGACAGACUUGGAUAAAACGGAUUCCAAUGCUACUCGUGUUUUUGAUGCCAUGAACUCUGAUGGUUCUGCUUCUCUGGAAUUGUCUCAGGGAUAUAAACCAACCGAAAUGACUCAAAAUUCCUCAGUUCCUUUGUCAUCUAUAAACUUAAGUAGCCCUGAAAACAUGUCCAGCGGUCCACAAAAAUCAGCUUCUUCAGAGGUGACAUCCAUGUCUGAGAGUGCUUUGUUUGGUAUGGAAAAUAAGACAAAUGCUGAAAAUAUGCACACUGCAUCACCUCCACUUCCAUUAACUCCAAGGUUAUCACGAAAGUCUUCUGGUUUCAGAAGUCCAUCAAGUGCUGAUCAUGUUAACCACUCUGCACUUGAUCAUUCUGUUGACCAUAAGGUGGACACGCUCAAAGAGAAUAAGGUUGAAAUGCCCUACAUAGGUGAUAACAUGCAAAAAGGUGAAGAUAUUGUCCAAAAUCACAUUUCAAAUGUUCCUGAUCCUCAUACAGUGUUCAAACACCCAACCCAUCUAGUAACACCAUCUGAGAUAUUGUCUAAUGUAUCUUCAUCGACAGAGAAUGCUCAGGUUAGUCAGGUUAUUAAUGAGGGGGAGGCAACAGUUGAAGAUGUGGUCAAGAAUGAUGCUGAAAGAAUAGAGGUAGAUGACGAAGUUAUUGGUGAGACAAGAUUUUCUGAAACUAAUGAAACCGAAUGUCCACAAGGCUCCCAUACUUCUGUUGCAGAUAACAAAGAAAAGGCCUUCUACUCUCAGGCAUCGGAUCUUGGCAUUCAGAUGGCCAGAGAUAUUUGUGCAGAAAGUUAUGAUGUUGAGGGAGCUCAACAAGCUAAUCACAUGGGUGUUUCAGUUCAAGCUGAUAGACUUACGAAUUCUGGUGAUGGGGGUGACCAUAAUGUAAAUAAAGAUUCCCCUCCAAAGGUUGGUGAAACAGACACUGCUGUCGCUGUUUCCCCAUCUCCUGCUUCUGCUAAAGGGAAAAAGCAGAAAAAGAAAACUUCUCAAGUAUCUAUCCUUUCUUCCCCUUCAGCGAGCCCAUAUAAUUCCACAGAUUCAUCUAAUGAACCAGGGUGCAAUUCCAGGGCUCUGUCAGCUGAUGUUAUUUUCCCUCAAUUGUUGGCCAUGCAGGAUAUGCUUGAGCAGUCCCUUAGUGUGCAGAAGGAAAUGCAGAAGCAGAUGAACGCAAUUGUCUCUGCUCCGGUUAACAAAGAAGGGAAAAGACUGGAAACAUCCUUGGGCAGGAGCAUUGAGAAAGUUGUAAAGGCAAAUACAGAUGCUUUGUGGGCUCGUCUCCAAGAUCAAAAUGCAAGACAAGAGAAGUUAGAAAGAGACCGCAUGCAGCAGAUAACAAAUUUGGUCACCAACUGUAUUAAUAAGGACUUGCCAGCCAUGUUUGAGAAAUCCUUAAAGAAGGAGAUAGCUGCAGUUGGCCCUGUGGUGGUUCGGGCUAUUAGUCCCACUCUGGAGAAAAGUAUAUCUUCUGCCAUUACAGAGUCAUUCCAGAAAGGAGUUGUAGAGAAGGCAGUGAACCAUUUGGAGAAGUCAGUCAGUUCAAAACUUGAAGUGACAUUGGCCAGGCAAAUCCAAGCACAAUUUCAAACUUCUGGAAAGCAAGCACUUCAGGAUGCACUGAGGUCUAGCUUGGAAACUUAUGUUGUUCCAGCAUUCGAGAUGUCAUGCAAAUCCAUGUUUGAGCAAAUUGAUGUCACAUUUCGAAAAGGGCUAAGAGAACACACAGCUACUGCUCAGCAGCAAGUUGAAAAAUCACAUUCUUCUGUUGUCGCUGCUCUACAGGAAGCUAUUAAUUCUGCAGCUUCAAUCACACAAACUUUAAGUGGAGAAUUGGCAAUUGGGCAACGAAAACUUCUAGCUAUGGCAGCUGCAGGUGCCAACUCUAAUGCAGGAAAUCCCCUGGUGACACAAUCAAGUAAUGGACCAUUGGCUCAUCUGCACGAGAUGCAGCCGGAGGCACAUAUGGAUCCAAUGAAAGAGUUGGGAAGAAUGAUAGCUGAGAAGAAAUAUGAUGAAGCAUUCGCAGCAGCCCUGCACAGAAGUGAUGUCUCCAUAGUUUCCUGGUUGUGUUCUCAGGUCGAUCUGCAAGGGAUAUUGUCUAUGAAGCCAUGCCCGCUUAGCCAAGGAGUAUUGCUAGCUCUUUUCCAGCAACUGGCUUGUGAUAUCAAUAAGGAAACAAGUAGAAAGCUGGCAUGGAUGACUGAUGUAGCCGUGGCUAUAGUCCCCUCAGAUCCAACAAUUUCCAUGCAUGUCGUACCAAUCUUCGGACAGGUCUCUCAGAUUAUCGAUCAUCUACAAUCCGUGUCGUCUGCAUCCGCAUCCGAAUCCACCAGCAUCCGCGUUCUUAAGUUUGUCAUAAACAGUGUGUUGAGCUGUAAAUGAUUUUGUGCAAAACUUUGCAAGAAUAUCAUACCUUGUCCUUUUUUCCCCAUAUAUUUUCUCAAAUAGAAAUCUAGUUACAAUGCAAUGGGAUGUGAGGAUUAUUAAUGAAUUCAGUUGGGUGUUUCAA